CACGAAAAUGCGCGUGGGAAGGAAACUGGAAAGCACACACCUGCGAUAUCCGCGUCGUCCCUGCCAGAUUGCUCAGAACUUAUGACGAUAUACCGGAUGAAUACGCGUCUGUGUUAUGCCAAGUAACAUUGGAUAGGUAGACUGCUGUCCCAUGUUCAAUGUUCUCCAUGCAUUUCAAGAGUUUCAGCACUAUCAACACGGUGUUUUUGGUUAGCUUGCAGUCAACACCAACCGUUGACUAUAUUUAGGAUUAUCAACAUGCAGCGCCGCAACAGUAUCAAGUCCCGCAACCGACCGCUAUCUCGCCAGAAAUCUGCUUCGUCUGUCAAGAGUGUGCAGCUGGUUCAUAUCGAUCCGCGCACGGCUGAGCAUGAUGCACAAAGCGCGGCAACGCAAGCCUUUGCAAGGGCCAGAGAACGAGAUUUGAACGGCACGGCCGACUGGCCACCGUCGCGCUCGUGUGAUCGCCCUACUUCGGGACACCAUCAAAGCUCUCUGGAAGGUCACCAAAACGAUUCGGUGCUGCGCAAACAGCAGAGCGUUCGUUUCGUCCAGCCCAUGACCUACAGCACUCGGGUUGAGGAUGAGACCAUGCAGAGCACACCGUCAAAACAAAGGAGUGGCAGGAUCCAUACAAGCCGGUCUCGAAGUCACACCCAUACUUCAAGCAACGCUUCAGCCGCUGGCAUGGUCUUCGCCGCCAAGGGUACAGCAGGCGACUACAUCAAUGCACUCAUCAUGGGAGAGGACCAUAACACGCCUGAAGAUAACAUCAACUAUGUGCCAUCUUCGCGUCGCCGCCUUCGCAAGUCCAAGUCCAUGUUCACAGCAUCGGAACUGAAUGAAUUAUCAAGCUUCAGAUAUGAGCAACAACCUAGAGGGGAAACGCCACAAUUUGUCGGCGCUGGUGGUCUCGCUUCGCAUUUGCACCAGGACGCUGAUACGGGGAUGCGGCAGCUCAAAAACCCGAAGUCAAUGACAUUCCUAAGGUCGAAGAGGGAGAUGCACACUAAACAGGACCAUAGAGUAACUGCCCCAACGCUUACCGUACUGAGCGAAGAUGCUGUGCCGGCCACUCAUCCCAGCAUCACUAAAACGCAGCCUUCUGCACUUUUGCCCAUCAAACCUGUCAAUCCAGACAGAUAUUUCAGGAAAUCGAUGCGGGAUUCAAGCAACUCUAAUGCUUCAUCGGAGACGAAAGUUGUGGAAAAUGGAAGCCUUAGAGUCAAGGCUCGUGAAGUCUCUAAGAACUUCAAACAUCGGAUAAAGAGCUUAUUCCACAUUGCAAAGGACGAAAAUGACGAAAAUAGGUUUCCCCCACAACAGGUGAAAGCUCCAAAAGCACACGCAAUGGGCCUUGAGGAUUUGGAGCAUAACUUGGGGGACGACUACUUCGACGAAGCAGACAGGGAAAACACCACCGUCUCGCGAGUCACAUCCGGUGUUCCAUCACUCCAUGCCGUACCCUCAGAGCUACAGUUGCGUUCGCGUCAGGGCAGCCUCGAAAGUCUCCGCAGUGAAAGAAAGGUGUCAGAUGAGAAGUCCAGGGUGACAAGCUGGUCAGAUUCUGAUGCAACUACUUCAGGAACUGUCAGUAGCGGCCGAGUCGAAUGGGAAAAGCAACGGCUGUCGGUAAUCAAGGAGAAUAGCUGUCAACUUGCGUCACCUUCUUUUCGGAGAGCCCCACUGCAGGUGCACCGGACAGGGUCUGAGAUUGACCUGCGACAGACUUCGGCAGUUGCAAUACCACCUACAAGAUCAGUUGACGGCCAAAGGAUAUAUUCGGCAUUGAUGAAGAGACAUAAUCGCGGUAAUGAUAUAGUUGAAGCAAAGCAUGCUGAACGACGAGGGAGCUUCGAGGACUUCAUGGUCCAGGGAAUAGUCCCAACGCGAGAUGGUUCCAAGGCAUUCUGCAUCGGAGGCAAAUCGUCGCCUGCAACCAUUAGACCAGUCGUCACCGAUAAUGUCUUGAAGUCUGGUCAUAUGCGUGAGUCAACCACAACCGUUAUACGUGGGCCUAGGCCGAUGCCGAGUCAAGCAGUUGACAGCUACUCAAACGGCCACCAGAUUAACAGGCUGGCAACGUCAUUAUCUACGAACACUCUGAGGUCUCCGAAGAGUUCUAGCAUUGUAUGUCAUGACGCGGCAAUGCUGCCGACCAGGUCCCUGACAAGUCCAAGCACCAGGACAUUGGCACCACCAGGCAAGGCUUUAGCUGAACGUAGCUCAGUAUUCUUUGGCAGCCCGUCAAGCCACCUGUUCCGGACGCAGAGUCCGUAUCGACGCGCUAUUCGAGGUUCGAUGCAUGCGGCUGCCGAAGCAUCUAUUCCUCAGUCGCCUGAAUUCAAUCCUUGGAUGGCAACAUUGAAUACUGUUCGUAUCCGCUGUCCGAAUUCCUACGACUCAGACGAAGAGGACCGGAAGAUGACAUGUGCUGAAAGCUUAUACUCCUCUGAUGAAGUAGAGCCGGCCGGGGACUUGCCGGGCAAGGUUGGCCAGUCUGAACAAGUACCAUCCCCGACUAAAGCUCAUGGAGAUGCUACCAUUUUUCUUGACCCGCCAAAGUACCAAGCACCAACUUUCAAGCCGGCUGAGCGUAUGACAUCAUCAGCAAGCUCUGUUGAGUGGAAGACGUGGCUUUCAUCGAACAUAUCGAAAUUGAACGAUCCGCAUUCGCCUCCGGAAGACUCUGAUCCAGGCGAAGAAAAACUUGGGACUCGUAAAUUGCCGUGGAACUCAGGCCAUGUGCGCGAAAACGCGCAGAUAUAUGGCGAAGACUAUGACGGAGUAGCAAUGGGGACCAGUGAGGGUAAAUCCCAUGACAACGAGCCAGAGGACUUGAUCGUUCGUAGUCCAACUACUGAGCGCCAGCACCGAAGAGUACCGCCAGUACCCCCAAGAAAUGUUCUCCGGCCAAUACAAUCUUCGGCAAGCCUGCGAUCAAGUUUGGCGACCGUGAAUACACCUCAAGAACGUAGCAAGAAACCUAGUCCAGGGCCAGCGCAAUCAAAGCCACUCGCGCAGGCUCGGUCUCUUAGCGCCCUCAGCAUCCAGGAUCAAAAUAUCCUCACACCACGAUCCAAGCUACGCAGAAAACCCAACGGACCCAGAGAUUACGCCCCCCAGGCUUUGACCCCAGUAAGGAAUGGUGGAACACAUCGACAGCUGACCAGACUUUCAGAGGCGGCUGAAUCGCAACUUGACACUAAAGGGCCCGGCGGUGUGCAGAAUGAGAACAUGAGCCCAAUAAUGGCUGAUCCAAAGGAUCGUGGCACAAUUGACGAUUCAAAGUUCCGCAGCGUGCAAAACAACACGAGCAGGCAAUCACUUGGUGCUAACCAUAUGGUCGAAGUCUUCUUGGACAGCCGGAGGCAAAGUGCGGUUGGUGCCGGUGACACGGAUGCAUUUCUCUGAUGCGGAGUGGGAGUGGCAGUUUUGUCGCUUUUGAUGUCAAGUGACUAGUUUGGAAGCAAUCGAAUUCAUAAAAGUAAAGACAGGAACGCGGUGGCUCGUAGAAAAUAUCACUACAAUCAUGUGUGGGCAAAGGAGUAGGAAGGAAGCGGGUCUGAACUUUGAAGUACAUA